AUGUCCGACACCUGUAUUGUUUGUUUAGGAGACCUUGGCGAAAGCGCCAGUGAUCCCCUCGCCGUCGAGCCCGUGCCAAGACACCAUCUCCAGGACCAUGCCGACCCAACGGCUAAGGCGCCUGCGCUCGACGACGUGGAGGCUUCGAGUGAAAUCGCCCAGUUACUUCCCUGCGGACAUAUUUUACACAAUAAUUGCCUGAAGCCCUGGGUAGAAAGGGCAAACAGCUGUCCAAUAUGUCGGCGCAGCUUCAAUAUGGUUGAGCUAAGUGACCGGCUUGGAGGGCCUGUGGUUUCAUCAUAUGCCGUCCAAGACCGGAUCCAGGUGGCCGAGAUCGACCCGUCGAUGGUUAUCGACUAUGUGGAGGACGACUUCACCGACUACCAACCAUGCACAAUAUGUGGAGAGACAGAUAACGAGGAUGUCCUCCUUCUCUGCGAUGGUUGUGACGCGGCCUCGCAUUUAUACUGCGUUGGAUUAGAUGAGAUUCCCGCUGGGUCAUGGUAUUGCCAGCAAUGUGAGUCCCAACGUGCCUUGGGACCAGCCAUGGAGACAUCUGCUCGGCCUUCUCGUACAUCCGAGCGCCGGUCUCGUCGAACUCGGGGUCAACAGCGUCAGGUGCAGAGCAGGAAUCAGAUUAACUCACUACACUGGGCCCGAGUAUGGCAAUCCGUCUGGGACCAUCUGAACCUCGACCUGGACUUCCCAUUCGACGAUGACCGAUCGGCUGAGCGCAUGAUCCAGCAACGCCGUCGCGAGGAGGCGAACCAGCGUGAAUUUCUUGCCUGGCAGCGUCGGUUUGAGGUUGCUGAGCGACAGGGUGGUGGUAGUCGCUUUCGGGACACUGCUUCUCUAUUUGAUAUUGAGCCUGCUCGGCCAUCACGACCUCGUGUGCCUAGGGAGCCGACGCCCGAACCAGAGUCCCUAGAGGAAAUGCGAGCGUGGAAUGCUUUCGAAAGGGCUCGUGAGAUCGAGAAUAAUCCGAGCGCCGCUCGCAAGCGCAAGGAACCGACUCUAUCACCGUCGCCUGAGCCUACGGAACCACAGCGCAAGCUUAAGCGUCCGCGCACAAGGCGACCCCAAGAACUCGCUGCACUGGCCCAACAGAACGGGGAAUCCUCUAGAGCUGCGGGCGUGUAUGCCAACGCCAACGCGAGUGCUAGCGCGAACACCCGGCUCAACGGGGAUAUCACGGCCGAGCCGAGCUUCUUGUCAUCCCUUUUGAAAGAAGUGGAAGAUGCCUCGGUCACCGAGCGUACAACACCCCGUAUGCAAUCAGCUCCUACAUCAAUUGCGCCUACCGACCAUGCGACCCCCGGACCUUCUUCUCCAUCUAUUUCUCCCUCCUCGUCUAAUCGCUCCUCCCCUCGACUAUCCUCUACAACUCCACCUCCUUUUUCUCGCAGUCGACCUACCUCUCCAUUCCAACUCUCUCCUGCCGAGCCUUCUUCACCUUCAUUUUCUCCCGAAGUAUCAUUCUCCGGUAGCCCGAUCUCCCCAAUUGCCAAUCAGGAGAAGCCCUCACCUCAGCGUGAUACCAACCGCCCGCGCUCCCGCAUUCCGCGGCGAGCCAUCCCACUGGCCCAUUCUCGCUCGCCAGAUUCAUCACCCACUCGCCCCGGCCCCUCUUUGGCACUCAAGUCCGCCAUCCGCGAGAUGGUCAGCACGGCUCUGAAGCCGCACUACCGCUCCAAGACCAUCUCCAAAGACCAGUAUACCGAGACCAACCGAACCAUCUCGCGGAUGUUGUAUGAGCGCGUCGCAACCGCUGAUUCGCUCACUUCAGAAGCCCGCACAGACCUGGAAAAUGCUGCCAACUUUGAAGUGCAGAAAACUGUCGGCGCGCUACAUAAGAAGAAUAAAGAAAACAGGCAGAAGCUGAAGCAGAAACAGCCUAUGGCAUCUGCAUGCUCUGAUGGCGAGAUACAGUGA